AUGGAGCACACGCACGCCCAUCUCGUAGCCAACAGCUCGCAGUCCUGGUCCCCCGGCUCGGCCUGCGGCUUGGGCUUCGUGCCCGUGGUCUACUACAGCCUCUUGCUGUGCCUCGGUUUACCAGCAAAUAUCCUAACCGUGAUCAUCCUCUCUCAGCUGGUGGCUAGGAGACAGAAGUCUUCGUACAACUAUCUCUUGGCACUUGCUGCUGCUGACAUCUUGGUCCUCUUUUUCAUUGUGUUCGUGGACUUCCUAUUGGAAGAUUUCAUCUUGAACAUGCAGAUGCCUCAGGUACCCGAUAAGAUCGUAGAAGUGCUGGAAUUCUCAUCCAUCCACACUUCCAUCUGGAUUACUGUUCCAUUAACUAUUGACCGCUAUAUCGCAGUAUGCCACCCGCUCAAGUACCACACGCUCUCCUACCCAGCCCGCACCCGGAAAGUCAUCGUAAGCGUUUACGUCACCUGCUUCCUGACCAGUAUCCCCUACUACUGGUGGCCCAACCUCUGGACUGAAGACUACAUCAGCACCUCCAUGCAUCAUGUCCUUAUCUGGAUUCACUGCUUCACUGUGUACUUGGUACCCUGUUCCAUCUUCUUCAUCUUGAACUCAAUCAUUGUGUACAAGCUCAGGAGGAAGAGCAAUUUUCGCCUCCGUGGCUACUCCACGGGGAAAACCACUGCCAUCUUGUUUACCAUCACCUCCAUCUUUGCCACCCUCUGGGCCCCACGCAUCAUCAUGAUCCUCUACCACCUUUACGGGGCACCCAUCCAGAACCGCUGGCUGGUGCACGUCAUGUCCGAUGUUGCCAACAUGCUGGCCCUUCUGAACACGGCCAUCAACUUCUUCCUCUAUUGCUUCAUCAGCAAGCGGUUCCGCACCAUGGCAGCCGCUACACUCAAGGCCUUCUUCAAGUGCCAGAAGCAACCCGUUCAGUUCUACACCAACCAUAACUUUUCCAUAACAAGUAGCCCCUGGAUCUCACCGGCCAACUCACACUGUAUCAAGAUGCUGGUGUACCAGUAUGACAAAAAUGGAAAACCUAUAAAAGUAUCCCCAUGA